AGCUGGAAUGCAAAGCCAAGCCUACCUGUCCUAACUGCGGUUCCUUCUGCCCCAGUCCUAGUGGAAAUAGAAAACCUCCCAAGGAGCCCAGGAGCCAGCCAGCAAGACAAGAAGUGCAUACCUCUUGUUGAUUUGCUAGACAGCACAGACUUGCCAGAAACUUGUGUUGAUGAUGCCGUAGGCCGUCCAGUUGUUGGCUUGGCAGCAGGAGAUCCAGAAGAGGCUGUUGGUUGCCCUCAUCCUGGCACAAAGGAAACUGCUAUUGAAAAAGCAGACUCUGAUCCAUUUGAAGAGACAUUCCUGAAGCUGAAACAGCUGGAGACAGAGCACAGCAGCCCCGUGCCAACCGAGCGUCCCAACCUAAACAUAAAUGUGCAGGAUGAAGUGGUAAAGUUGACAGAUAAAUGUCUUAACAACGCAAUUGAUAGCCCAGUCGCAGCAGCCGCGUGGCUUCCAGCAGAUAUCAAAAGCAAUAUCCUGAAGGCCCAGGCAGAAGCAGGGCACAAGGUUGUAAGAGAAGACAGCCUGACAGGUGUCAAGAAUUCCAAUAUUCAGGACGCUGCUGCCAGGAACAUUCUCCCGUUAGGCAAAACACGAAGUAGUUCCCCAGCAACCAGUCCAGUAUUUCAAGACCCAAGAGAGUUGCUGAAAGCAAUCCCUGUCUCAAACACCUUCCUUCCAAAUGUAUUAAACGAGGACAACGCUGCCCCGAACCAGGAGGAUCUGCUGAUUCCAGCUGAGGAGGCUGCUGUUUCAAAGAGCACUCCAGAUGACCAGGACGUUUCCUUAACAUCAUUGACAGAGAAUCUAAUUGACUUUACAGAAGCCACACCUCGGGUGUCUUCCCAGCCCAAGAUAACACCAAGGUGGAUAGUGCCAACAGGACUGAUCUCCAAUGGGCCUUUGGGAAAUGAUGUUGCCUUAGCCACGAAGGCCGGGAAAGGCAGCGCGGAGACUCUGCUGGUGUCAGCUGGAUCGACGCCGCCGUCCCAGCAGACGUCGGAAGCCCUGGCAAGCCCAGUUACUGAGGAUGCUACGAUAAGAACAAAAUGUUUACUCACCACUGAACUCUAG